UCACGUGUCGGCCCUCCAGGCCGCGUCGGUCGGUGGGGGUGGCUGUGCCGGGCGUCGGGGCAGGAAGGGAGGCGGCCGCGGUGCCAUUCUUAAAGGGGCCCGAGGGAAGGUGACUGCCGGAAGGAAAAUGAGUGAGUCUUUGGUGGUUUGUGAUGUUGCUGAAGAUUUAGUGGAAAAACUGAGAAAGUUUCGUUUUCGCAAAGAAACAAACAAUGCUGCCAUUAUAAUGAAGAUUGAUAAGGAUAAACGCCUGGUGGUACUGGAUGAAGAGCUUGAGGGCAUUUCACCGGAUGAACUUAAAGAUGAACUACCUGAACGACAACCUCGAACCUUCAUAGUCUAUAGUUACAAAUAUCAACAUGAUGAUGGAAGAGUUUCAUAUCCUCUGUGUUUUAUUUUCUCAAGUCCUGUUGGAUGUAAGCCUGAACAACAAAUGAUGUAUGCUGGGAGUAAGAAUAAGCUAGUCCAAACAGCUGAACUAACCAAGGUAUUUGAAAUAAGAAAUACUGAAGACCUAACUGAAGAAUGGUUACGUGAGAAACUUGGAUUUUUCCAUUAAUGUGAAGUUCUGUUUCUAAAGUAUUUAUGUAUUAACCUGACCAUACUGGAGCCAGACAUAAAUACUUAUUUAUGCCUAAAAUGCACUGUUACUUACAGUUUGUUUCCUGCAGUAAAGAAAAAUUCCUCAUUUGUUCAAAGUUUGAGCAAAGAGGAAAUCAUCUUCAUAGUAAUGAAACUUUGUAAAAUGUUUCCCUAUAUUUGUAAUUGUUAGAUGGACUACUCUCCAGGGACUUUUUGCACUCUUGUGACCAAUUUCUAUAACUUACGGUUCAGAAUUUGUUACUAUUUGCAGACACCAUCGGAAAUUGGGUAUUGUGAUAGACAGCAGUUGCCUCCUUUUGACAAAUACUGGAUAUUAGCAGUUUAUCUACUGGAAAAUAUGCUAUUGGAAAAUAGCAUAUUAUCUCUUGUCAAAAAGUUGAAAUUAAUUUGGGGUAAAAGACUUGAGUGACCCAAUUCUGAGCCAUGAGUAAUAAUUUACUAUAGUGUAACCUGCAUUACAGCUACAUUUUUCAUAAAUUCUAUCCCUUCUUUGAUUUCCUUUCUCCUUUUUAAUCAAGUCCAGAAACUUUGUUUAUCAAUCACUCAUUCUUAAGGUCUGGGAGUUAGAUUUUAUAAUAAUUUUGUCUAUUCUUAUGGAAAAUAACAUCUUAGGAAUUGAUGGGUUGUGACUAAUCAAGGGCUUCAUUCUUGUUUGUGUCAUUUCUAGAGAGUUUGAAUCUAGAUUAAUAACAUCAUAUUUACAAAGCAUCUCUUAAUGUUGUCCUGUGAAAACUAGUUAUUUUAAAUUGGUUAGUACUGUGCCUUUGAUUUGUUAGCUUUAAAGUUAGUUUAAGACUUUUACACUGCCAGUAUUCUGGAUUUGGUGAAAUUAAUACUUUUGUAAAGGGUCCAAGUAAAACAAUUUUCUAAUGUGUGUAUCUGAAAUUUGUAAAAGAUCAACUUCAUAUUUUUAAAUUGAAAUUUCAACUGUCCACUUGCAUUGGUGAAUAUAUGGCAGUUGAGAGUAAUAAAUUUGGACAUAUUUGUGAUUAAUUUUGUGCCAUUGCAAAGACUUACUUGUCUUAAAACCUUGGCCAUAACAUUAGCACAUCAAUAGAAAUUCCAUUUUAUAUCCUAAAUUUCAGAAAAUAUUCUAAAUUGGACACCUGUCUUGUUAGAUGAUGGCAUCCUUGGCAUAGAGCAAGAAUUCUAAUAUAUAGUGUGCUUUAAAAAUGUAAAAGCAAAUAAGCAACUGUUUAACAUUAAUUUGAUAAAAAGUUUUGAGACUAAAGACUAACCAAAUUUGGUGAGUGAAUUCUUAUAUUAAGAAUAUUUUAGUCAUUUUAAAACUAGCAAAGGCAUUUUUUUUUAUGUUGGCAUAUUUUCCACUCAUAUGUUCUUUGCAUUUUUUGUUUUGAGGUUUCUGUGCCAACUUUAACAAAGAGGCAAAGAUAGUUGGAAUUUUCAUAAUAUUGAAUAGAGCAUCUUCUGUUCCCAACACUGUUUGGCUUCACUAAUCUAGAAACAGGAAGCAAUAGGAAGUUAGUUGGAAAUGAGGAAGUACUAGAGUGGGUAUUUGUUGUGGUUGAUGAAUGAGAAGGAUUUUUUAUUCCAAUUUCCAGGGAGAGAACAUUACCCAGGAAUUUUAAGAAUUCUUUAAACAGCUAUUUUGAUAUUGGAGAAUAACGCUUAUAAUUCUGCAGAAAGGCAAAUGUAAUCCAAGUGAAUUUAAUGUAAUCCAAGAGUGUUUUUAAUAUUUUGAAUGAAAGAAAUUAGAUUUGUUUCAUCUGCUUCUCAGCAAUAAGAGAAACUAGUGCUGCAAGAAUGUAUUUUUCAAUUCAGUUCCUUAUUUUGUCUUGCUCACUUUAGUUUUGAAAGUCCUCAUCAUGUCAGAUAAUAUUGACCUCCAUGUGCAGAACUCUUAGUUCUCCUGUUUUCUAAAAGGGGCAAAGAACUGUGAUAAACCAUGUUAUUUUGAGCUUGUCUGUUUCUUAUCAAUAACAUGUAUUUGCAAGACAAUAGAUCAAGGUUAGGGGAUCAGUAGAACAUUUUUUUACUCGCUCUGUCCUGUAGAGAGAUUGACAAAUCCCAUGCUCUAGAAUGUUCUCAGAUGUUUGUAUACAUUUCUCUUCCAUCUAACCAAAUUUUGCAUUGUUCUUUACAAGUACAUUUCUUAUUUGAUAUCUUUUUCUACCCUCUCUCAAAUAAUAACUCCAGAUCUCAUAAGUCCAGUUUUUACAUUCCAUAACUUUCUGGUACAGCCAUUCCCAUCAGCCUUAAAUCUUAAUCUUUCCUUUUUGGUAGCAGUUUUUUUUUUUUCCCUUGGAACCUCCUGCAUGGUCUUCUAAAUUAGCAUCAGUUUUGAAAUUGUUGGCCUUGCCUAUGUCCUGCUUAGCAUCUAAUGUUGUCAAAAUAGAACCAGCUAGUAAUCAUAGCACAUUUUUAGUAUGGCUUUUGUGGCAACAGAACUGACAUGAAGAAAACUGUUCUCAGGUUACUAUGCUGAAAUUCCAAAACACCAGAGUUUUGAUAGUAAUCAGUUUGUUCUGGUACUGAAGCAGUUAUGUUAGGAAAAAAAGUUGGUUGACUGACUGUGUUUGUUUAAUUGACUUCUAAAAUAAGUGUUCAAAUUGUCUGUUUCUAAAAAGUUUACUAAAUAGUGCAAUUAAACAUACUCUUGUUUAAGAGGGUAUUGCUAAAUUUUUUAUCUUCAUUACUAAAUAUUCUUUGUAGCAUAAUGUCUGUCAGCACUUUUCUCUCCCAUUUUACCUCUUAUUUUCAGAAGUCAAACGUAGCCAUAAAUUGUAUCCUGGUCUGACACUUUAACUAAAAAUUUCCUGUUAGAGGAGUUUAUUGCCAAAUUAAAUUUGGCUGUCUUUCUACCCUACCCAUAUAGCUAGUAAUGAAGGUAUACUUAAAAAAAAUGUUUGGACUACUUUAAAACCUGAGCAGUCAUUAAUCCAUAAUGUGGACUAGUGGUGAAUAGAUAUUUUCAUAAGGGUUUAAAUGCUGAUAUUUCUUGGAAGCAGAGAGUAACUCAUAUUUUAUCAAUUCAGAUAUUCUUAGUAUGGUUGCUUUCCCUAUUUGUUCAAAGACUGAUAAUACUGGAAUCUAUAGAAUUUGAGCCUUUAAUACUUAUGUGAAGACAUGUCUCACACAUUUCUGGACAAAUCUUAUUUUGUAUUUCUGGAAGAAUGUAAACCUUCUAGACCACUUAAAACCAGUGGUCCCAAGUUGAAUAUUCUUGAGAAAUUUGUUUCCUCUUAUGCCAUUUGACAUUUCAAAUCAGUAAUCAUGUUCCUGUAAUAUUUAAAACAACUACAUUAUGAUUAUGAUGGAAACUGUUUUCUUGCUUUUUUGGAAUAUAGUUCGUAUACAUAUAAUUACUUGAAUAUUAUUUGAGAUCACUAACAUGCCAGGGCGGUUCCCGCUGACUUUGAUGGUCCAAUAUAAAUCUCAUUCAGGAGGCUUGAAACAGUAAUGGUUUAGUCUUGUGAAUUUUAACAGUUCUCUGUCAUCGUUUAACAAACUCAAGAACUGGCACAGCUUCUUAAGCUGUGGUUUCAGUCUCUGCUAGUUCAUAUUGCAUGUUUAUUUUGGACAGUCUUCUGUUAAGCAUGGUGCUUGUACUGGUUUAAAUAAAAUGUUAACAUGAAAGGA